AUGGACUCUCUCUUUCUUCUUAGUCCAGAGGCUCGCUCAUAUUUCUUACAAACAGAAGCCCAAAAUCUCGGAUGUGCAUAUAUAUGCUUAUGGUAUUAUCUUCCUCAUCCAUCCAAUUGUUUGAUCUCCAUGGAUGGAUGGUAUAAUGAAGAUGAUAGGCAACCGAGCUCUUCUUCGGGUGGCUAUAAGAGGAAGCUCUUUGAAGAUUAUAAGCGUUCAUUUUUCAGCGUGGAGAGUGGUUAUGUUCCUGGCUUGGCUUUUAAGCAAGGAUUGCCCUAUAUACAGCUAGAGGACUCUGAUUUAAUGAACUCAGCAUCAACUUUUGCACAAUUGGAGUUCUACAAGGUGACAUUAAUGGCAUGUGCUCUCAUUGCUGAAGCUGGAAUAAAAAAGGCCGUGUUCAUUGGAUGCCAGUGUGGAGAGAUUGAACUAGGAUCAUUAACUGCCAAUAAUGCAAACAUACAAAUGUUAUUCAACCAAGACUUCAUUAACUUUCAACGAUCUCAACCUCAGCUUGGAGAUCUUCUCCUACCUGAUCAGAAAAUACUUUCAUCUUCUUCAACCUCUUCUCUAAAAUCUCUCUCAGUUGGAAGUCCAGAAUACACUUCCUUUAUUCUGAGCAAUCCAGCUACAGAUCAAUCUGGAUCAGAUCAAGCAUUUAAACUUGGAAAAGCUUUAACUCCACACCAUCAAAUAAAUAUGGAUUCUUAUAACUUAUACAGAAAUAUCUUACUUCCUUCUCCUCAAAGUGAUGAUGAUGCAUUAACAAGAGCAAUUUUGGCUGUGCUCUCAGCUUCUUCUCAGAAAGAUCUUCAGCAGCAGGAAGAAAGUAGAGUAACUCAGGCUUCCAGCUCAUUCCAGCCGUUCGGUUCGAUUUCGGCGAGUUUUGAACCGAAUUUAAGGUUACAAGGGCAAAGAAUGAUAAAGAAAUCUAUAUCAUUAUUGAGAAAGAUGUAUUCAUUGAAGCAUGCUGAAGCUAGAAGGCAAGAAAGGUUACCUAUUAGCAGUAAACUGCAUCAUGUGAUGGCUGAGCGGAAAAGGAGAGUGAGGAUAAAUGAGAGCUUGCGUGAUCUCAGAAUGUUACUUCCUCCUGGAUCUAAGAAGGACUAUGUAACAGUGCUUUCCAAGACAAAAGAUUACUUGAGAACUCUGAAAGCUCAGAUCAAUGAGCUCGAGGAGAGGAAUCGAAAGCUUGAAAUGGUACUAAAAUCAAAUAAACAACCUCCUCAAGUUACUGAAUCGAAUGAAAGGGUAGAAAUUCAAGUUAUCAGAGCAUCAGAAUCAACAUCAGAAGCACAGCAAAUAUACCUCUUAAUAAUUGUGAGAGAAGAGGUGAACAUGAUAGACUUUCUUCUUAAAGUUCUUGAGUGCUUAAAGCGGAUGGGAAUAAUGAAUUUGACUACAAUUGAUGCAAGCUCAAAUCCUACAAUGGCAAGCCUUACAUUACAAGUACAGGCUAGUGAUUGGGAUGAGGAGUCCUUAAAGAAGUCCUUGACCAUGGCAAUACUUGAUGCAGACAAAGGAACCCCCUAA